AUGGCAGCUACCUUGAAUGCACAGUCGGCAUUGCCGACAUCGGGUGCCUCCCUGUCGCGCCAGACCACCACGCCGCUUCCUGAUCUGGCCUCGUUGCCCACCGACCUGGUCGAUCACCUCCUCCUCCUCACACAAUCCUUAGUCAACUCGAGACCACCCCCCGCGGUGCGUCGCGCCAUGACGGUGGAUCCAACAAGGACGCCCAACGGAAUCCAGACCAACACCAGCGGCCUGGAUAUCGCCCAAGAGCUUGCAUCCAUCGAUCUGCAGGAUGGCGACGAGCAGUUGGACGGCAUCGUCCGCCUGCCUCUCCCCUCUUUCAACUCUCCGCACACCGACGACCGCAUAAAGACCAUCGAGCAUAAUCUGGGCAAGCUAGCAGAACGUCUUUGGCGAGCAGAGGAUCAUCUCGACGUGGUCGCUCGCAACCACGAGAUCGUACGCACGCCCGGGGCCGUCGAGGAUGCUGCGGACCACGUCAACGGCCGCAACCUCUUCUUUGGCAAGCCUUUCCCUUAUCCACUCUCCCACUCGCAACCGCAGAGCACCAAAUAUCCGCUGAGCUACCCGCUCGGUAUGGGUCUCAACGGCCCUGUGCUUCUCACCGGUCAGCAUCCGCGUGCCGACGAUCCCAUCGGCUCCUUUGAACGCUACAACGACGAGAGCGGCCUCUCCGCGCAGGAAGAGCUUCGUCUACUCAAGGCUCAGGUCCAGGAUAUUGCGCGCGUUUGCAAGGCCGUCGCUACCGGAGAUCUCACUCAGCACAUCACCGUCCCCGUACAGGGCCACGUCAUGGUCGAACUCAAGGAAAUCAUCAAUCAGAUGGUCGAUCGUCUCUCGCAUUUCGCCGCCGAGGUCACGCGUGUCUCGCUCGAGGUAGGAACCCAAGGCAAGCUCGGCGGUCAAGCCGAGGUGCAUGGCGUCGAAGGCACGUGGAAGGAGCUCAAGGAUGUCGUCAACCGCCUCGCUGCCAAUCUCACCAACCAGGUGCGCGGUGUCGCCCUCGUUACGAAGGCCGUCGCUCGUGGCGAUCUCUCGCAAAAGAUCGAAGUCGAAGCCGAUGGAGAGAUUCUCGAACUCAAGGUCACCAUCAACGUCAUGGUCGAUCAGCUUCGUCACUUUUCCACCGAGGUCACGCGUGUCUCGCGCGAAGUCGGCAGCAAAGGUCAACUCGGCGGUCAGGCCAACGUUCCUGGCGUGCAAGGUGUCUGGAAGGAGCUUACCGACAACGUCAAUCGCAUGUGCUCCAACCUGACAGGCCAGGUGCGCUCCAUCGGUGUCGUUACCACCGCCGUCGCAAAGGGUGAUCUCACCAAGACCAUCGACAUCGACGCCGAAGGAGAGAUGGCCCAGCUCAAGGACACGGUCAACUCGAUGGUGGGUCAGCUGCGCAUCUUUGCCAGUGAAGUCAUCCGCAUGUCGAUGGAAGUCGGCACGUACGGCAAACUCGGCGGUCAAGCGCACGUGCCCAACGUCGAAGGAACCUGGAAGGACCUGACCGAGAACGUCAACAAGAUGGCCGACAACCUCACUUCGCAGGUGCGAGAGAUCGCGCGCGUCACCAAGUGCGUAGCAGAGGGGGUCCUCACCGAGUUUAUCAAUGUCGACGUCAAGGGCGAGAUCCUGGAUCUCAAGCUCACCGUCAACAACAUGGUCCGGCAACUCAAGACACUCUCCGACGAGAUCAUCCGUGUGUCUGUGGAAGUAGGAACCGAGGGUCGUCUCGGAGGACAGGCCAAGGUCAACGACGUCAAGGGCCAGUGGUCUGUCUUGACCGAGCGAGUCAACGGCAUGGCCAGCAACUUGACCACCCAGGUGCGCUCCAUCGCCACCGUCACGACUGCCGUUGCGCGCGGUGAUCUCAGCAAGACCAUCAAUGUAGAGGUGCGCGGCGAGUUCCUCGAUCUCAAGUUGACGGUCAACAACAUGGUGGAAUCCUUGCGUACCUUCUCGUUCGAGGUGACCCGUGUCGCCAAGGAGGUCGGUACGGAAGGCAAGCUCGGCGGUCGCGCUACCGUGCUCGGCGUAGGUGGAACGUGGAAGGACCUCACCGACUCGGUCAACACCAUGGCGGCCAAUUUGACGCUGCAGGUGCGUGCCAUUGCUCACGCCACCACCGCCGUAGCACGCGGUGACCUCACGCAAAAGGUCACCAUCCCUGUUUCCGGGGAGAUGCUCGACCUCGUCAAGACCAUCAACAACAUGAUUGACCAGCUCAGCUUCUUCGCCUCCGAGGUGACGCGUGUCGCUCGCGAGGUAGGAACCGAGGGCAAGCUCGGUGUGCAAGCGCAAAAGCAGGAUAUCGAAGGUCUGUGGGGCGAGAUCACCGACAACGUCAACAUCAUGGCCAACAAUCUCACGUCGCAGGUGCGUGCCUUUGCCCAGAUCACCGCCGCUGCUACCGACGGUGACUUUACCCGUUUCGUCACCGUCGAAGCGUCGGGUGAGAUGGACUCGCUCAAGACCAAGAUCAACCAGAUGGUGUACAGUCUGCGCGACAGUAUCCAGAAGAACACGGCCGCUAGGGAGGCCGCCGAGCUGGCCAACAGGUCCAAGUCCGAGUUCCUGGCCAACAUGUCGCACGAGAUUCGAACACCGAUGAACGGUAUCAUCGGUAUGACGGCCUUGACGCUCGAGACCGAGCUGUCGCGCUCGCAGCGCGAGAACUUGGUGACGGUCUCGACGCUCGCCGGCAAUUUGUUGGCUAUCAUCGACGACAUUCUCGAUAUCUCCAAGAUCGAAGCCGGUCGCAUGAACGUUGAGGAGAUCCCCUUCUCAUUGCGCGGCAUCGUCUUCAGCGUCCUCAAGACGCUAUCGGUGCGAGCGACGCAGAAGAAGCUCAACCUCAUGUACGAGGUGGCUCCCGACUGUCCAGACCCGCUCAUCGGCGACGCGCUCCGCCUCAAGCAAAUCAUCACCAACCUCAUCGGCAACGCCGUCAAGUUCACCGAUGCGGGCGGACGCGUCGCCCUCAAGUGCAAGCUUUCUAAGAUGGUCAACAGCAACGAGGCCAUGCUCGAAUUCUGCGCUUCCGACUCAGGCAUCGGCAUCAAGCAGGACAAGCUCGAUGUCAUCUUCGACACCUUCUGCCAGGCGGAUGGAUCGACCACGAGGAAGUAUGGAGGUACGGGUCUCGGUCUAUCGAUUUCGAGACGACUCGUCAACCUUAUGGGUGGUGACCUGUGGGUGCGGAGCAACUACGGCAAGGGAUCCGACUUUUUCUUCACCAUGGUGGUCAAGCUGGAUCAGAUCACCGAGGAGCAAGUCAAGGAGAAGAUCCGACCCUACGCCGGACGCAACAUCUUCUACCUGGAUACGCUGCACGACGAGACGGGGGUGCAGGCCAUGAUCGAGGAUCUGGGACUCAAGCCCUUUACGGUGCACAGCGUCGAUGAGGCAUCGCAUCGCAAGCGCAGCAUGCCCCGCAUCGAUGCCAUCAUCGCCGACUCGCUAGCCGUCGUUGAGGAUCUGCGCAAUGUCGAGCACCUGCGCUACAUCCCCAUCAACCUCGUUUCCCCAGCACAGUUGACGCUCAACCUCACCUACUGCCUGGACCACGGCAUCAGCUCGUACAUCAACACGCCCACCUCGCUCGCCGAUUUGUACUACGCCCUGCUGCCCUCGCUCGAGUCGUCGGCAGCGACGCCGAACGAAGGCGCCAACGAGGUAUCGUACGACAUCCUGCUCGCCGAGGACAACGUGGUGAACCAGAAGCUGGCGUGCAAGAUCCUCACCAAUCAGGGUCACAAGGUGGACAUUGUCGACAACGGUCACCUCGCCGUUCAGGCGGUCAAGAAGCGCGGCUACGACGUCAUCCUCAUGGACGUCAGCAUGCCUGUCAUGGGCGGUAUCGAGGCGACCAUGGCAAUUCGCGAGUUUGAAAAGACGCUCGGCGAUGAUCAGGUGCCCAUCGUUGCUCUGACCGCACACGCCAUGCUCGGCGACAAGGAGAAGUGUCUCCAGGCGGGAAUGAGCGCGUACGUGUCGAAACCCAUCAGGAGGGUCGAGUUGAUCAGCACGCUGCACUCGUUGUUGAGCCAGAGAAAGGUCGCCGGUGGAAGAGCGUAG